GACCAGGGGGUUUUGUUUGUUGAAUAUGACUGGGGACUUGAGUAUGUCAGUGAUGUUAUAGAUGGGGAUAGAUCACAAAAUGUGAUGACAGCUGAUAGGGUUCAAUAGCAAAUACAAUUCACAUUCCUCUUUCCACCAUAAUUUUUUUUCCCUGUGUAUUUGAGAGUUUGAUCUACAUAGGGGAGUUUCAAUCCCACAAUUAAAAACUAUACACUUGAUGGGCUCAUGUGGCCAAGAAAAGAUUAUACGUUUUCGUGCCAGAACAUACAAGACAUCCAAAUGAAAUCAUAAUGAUGAUAAAGAUUAGUUUGACCCAUUUCAGUCCUCUCGGUGACCGCUGGCGGACCUCGCGCCUUAGAUUGGGCAGCUGUGCGCCUCCCGAGGCUCGUCUCCUGAUUGGCUGGACGGAAGCUGCGCGGUGACGCGGAGAGCCCAGCUGAGCAGAGCGGCGUCUCCGGAGUGUCAACUGUCAACCUGUGGGAGAGUUCACGAGAUCAAUUGGCGCGUCCACGUGGAUAGAAUCAAACAUGGAGCUGUUGGUUCGGUACCUGGAGAGGAGAAGCUCAGCGAGCUCUGUCAUGACUCAAGAUAUUAUUAAAGAGGAGAACCUGAGAGAUGACCUGCGCUACUACUUCAUGAGCCCGUGUGAGAAAUAUAGGACCCGACGACAAAAACCCUGGAAACUGGGAGUUCAGAUCCUGAAAAUUGUCAUGAUCACGACACAGCUCAUCCUGUUCGGCCUCAACAACCAGCUGGUGGUGUCCUAUAAGGAGGAAAACACCAUGGCCCUCAAAAACAUCUUCCUGAAGGAUUUUCGUGGGGUGGAUGAAGACGACUACAGUGUUGCUGUCUACACCCAACAUGGUGUAUAUGAAAGUCUAUUUCAUGUCCUGGAUCAGUACAGCCAGUUGGGCCGGCUCUCUACGGGUCCCAUCACAUACGCCGAGGACGAGGACGGCAAACUGCUUCCGCUCAUCGUCUGUAAACAGCACUACAAGAGAGGCAUCGUGCAGCCGUCGGACGAGGCCUACGACAUGGACGCCCAGCUGGAGACAGUUUGUUUGUCUCAUGAUCCAAAGACUGCAAACCUGCAGAGAACCCAUAAUUCAUCCUUUUUUGACCUGGAUUUUUACAGGCUUGUCGACAUCACAAUAACUUUCCAGCUGAAGGGAAUCAACCUGCAGACAGUGCGUUCACGGGAGUUGCCUGACUGCUACUUGUUCCAUGUCACGAUAACAUUUGAUAACCAGUGUCACAGCGGAAAGGUGAAAAUAUUCCUGGACACAGACGCUCAGAGCAGCACGUGCAGAGACUGGAAGAUAUCUGGAACGGCUCAGAAGAACACACACUAUCUUCUGAUAUUUGACGGCUUCGUCAUUCUGGUCUGCCUCACGUCUGCCGUGCUGUGCACCCGCUCCAUCGUGCUGGCCGUGAGGUUACUGCAGAGAUUCUCACGAUUCUUCCGCGAGAACUACAAUCGUAAAGUGUGUGAGGACGACCAGAGUGAGUUUCUGAACGGCUGGUACGUGCUCGUCAUCGUCAGCGACCUCUUGGCCAUAAUUGGAACCAUACUGAAGAUGGAAAUACAAGCAAAGAGUCUGACGAGUUAUGAUGUGUGCAGCAUCUUUCUGGGAACAUCUACAUUAAUGGUGUGGGUCGGUGUGAUCAGGUACCUGGGAUACUUCCAGAAAUACAAUGUGCUGAUUUUAACUAUGAAAGCAGCUUUCCCUAAGGUCCUGCGUUUCUGCUGCUGUGCUGGCAUGAUCUACCUCGGCUACACCUUCUGCGGGUGGAUCGUACUUGGCCCGUACCAUGAGAAGUUCGAGGGCCUGAGUCGCGUGGCGGAGUGCCUCUUCUCCCUGGUGAACGGUGACGACAUGUUCACUACCUUCGCCCAGCUGAAGGACAAAAACACGUUGGUGUGGCUCUUUAGCCGGGCUUACCUCUACUCCUUCAUCUCCCUGUUCAUUUACAUGGUGCUGUCGCUCUUCAUCGCCCUCAUCACGGACGCCUAUGAGACCAUCAAGAACUACCAGAGGGACGGAUUCCCGUUGACGGACCUGCACAAAUUCCUCAGAGCGCAAAAAGAUUUCCCUGUCGCGGAGGAGAGCAGUCAGACUGAGGAUCACGUCAGGAGCUCUGUGUUCUGCUGCUGCCAACGACCCCCCCCGAAGAUGGCCGAGCAGAACCACAGCUGUCAUUCUGACAAGCCCAUGGGCUUCUUCUACAACAACAGUGGCGCUGAAGAUAAAUGGGACAAAACGCAGCUCAUUCUGGUUCAGGUCGUGGGCUCUCUCUUCUGCUGUUUCAUCCUGGUCUCCAACGCUAUGGUCAUCGCUGCCGUCAUCACCAACAAGAGGUUUCACUACCCUUUCUACUAUCUCCUGUCCAACCUCGCCGCCUCGGACUUCCUCGCAGGCAUAGCAUACGUGUACCUAAUGUUCAACACCGGGGAGGUGUCGCGUAAACUGACAGUUAAAGAAUACUUUAUCCGCCAGGGUCUGCUGGAUGUCAGUCUCUCAGCCUCACUGUCUAACCUGCUGGUGAUAGCUCUGGAGCGCUACAUCUCCGUCAUGAACUUUAAAGUCCACAGCAACCUGACAAAGAGGAGGGUGACGCUGCUCAUCGUGCUCGUGUGGGCCGUCUCCAUCUUCAUGGGGGCCGUGCCGAGUCUGGGCUGGAACUGCAUCUGCAACCUGAGCGACUGCUCGCAGCUGGCUCCCAUCUUCAGCAGGAGCUACCUGACCUUCUGGUCUGCGUCCAACCUGGUGGUGUUCCUCGUCAUGGUGGCCAUCUACAUGAGGAUCUACACCUACGUCAAGAGGAAGACGUCGGUGCUCAUGCCACACACCAGCGGCUCCAUCAACCGCAAGAGGACGCCCAUUAAGCUCAUCAAGACAGUUAUGGUUGUGCUCGGUGCCUUUGUGAUUUGCUGGACCCCCGGCCUGGUUGUCCUGCUGCUGGAUGGUCUCAACUGUAAGAGUUGCAAUGUCAUGAAAUCGAAACGCUGGCUGCUGCUGCUGGCCGUGCUCAACUCCGUCAUGAACCCCUGCAUCUACUCCUACAAGGACGAGGAGAUGUGGACAACCUUCAAGAACCUCCUGCGCUGCAUUGGAAAUGGCACCCGGCGUCAGCGGUCGACGAAGGCCAAUGCCAGGCCACUCAGCUCUGCUCAGGAUACAGGCAACAGUCAGCCCCCGUCAGAGGAGAUGAAGAGUGAAGAUCAGGGAAUACUCAAGACCUGAAAAUGUAACUUUUUAAAGAGUUUUGCAGAACUUCUGGCCAGCUCCGACUGGACACACCUAUGAAGGUUCAGAUUUGGAGAUGACUUGAAAGAGAAACUACACACUUUGUCUCCAGUGCAGAGCUGAGAUGGAGACGAGAGACUUUGUUGCACUAAUAAUGUCAGCAAAUGGAUGCAAAGGUGUGCUUUUCCCAGUUUUUUCAGGAUUUCAGUUUUUGAACACGACUCCCACUUCUAUUGAAUGAGAGACUGCUGAUGCUGUUUAAUCCUGCUCCUUCGUCUCCCUCAUCCCUCCCCGUGGGAUCUUUAAACGUGGAUGAUACUGUGCUCCAACGACUGAAGAGAGAACCCAGUAUGUCAGUGCAUGGCCGUACAUUUCUACUUUUAACCUCAAAAGGGGUAAACAUCAUGCAAUGGGUGAUUUUUCUUUAACAGAUGCACUAGUCAAGCUAGCCACUUGUUUAAAGGCAGGUACUAUAACAUUUUACAUUUGUUUACUGCUGUACUACCAUGCAUCUACCACUAACUAAGUCUAGAAAUCCACACCCACCUUUCAAGGCAGUUUUGCCUCUGAGGAACAGAUAACAGCGUCACUCCUCUCUUGUCCCAUCGCUCUUCUUUUAUCAGCUCAACCUAAGCAAACGGAUAAACUCCAACCUGCAGCACCUCAUGGCAGGCAAAGUUUUUUCACCCUGUAGCAUUGUUUCACAUCCACCCCAACCCACUGAACUCACUGCCUGUUGCUGCUCUGACGAAACAGCUGCUCACCUGAGAGUGGAGGGAUUUUAAAACGGUAAGCAGCAUAGAGAUUAGUUUCACAACAGGGCUUGCAAUGACUUCUACUGCAUAGUUGUCUAAUAUGAACAUCACCUUGAAUGAUCCCCACAGAGUUCUCAAAAUGGGUAACAUAAUAUGUAUUCAUACAUCAUGCAAUAUCUGUUAUUAUAAUGUAUUUUAUAAUGGAGUAUAAUGAUAUACAGAUUGUGACUUGAUCCUAAACUUUUAUGGCAUUCACUACAUUUUUAGCCUUGGCUGCCGUGGGGGCUCAUGGCCAGUGUUGGUCAGUUGGUCUAUCAUGAAAUAUUGUAUAGACAUUCAUGGUCCCCAGAGGAUGACUCCAUCUGAUGGCAGUAUCCCCUGAUGUUUCAUUUAAAACCUCCAGCAGGUCGAUGUUUUUACUCAUCUGAUGAUAUAGCUCAACGUCUAUCAGAAAUUUUGCUACAGAUAAUAUCUUCUCAUGGCUUGAUGAUCCCUGACUUUCCCUCUAGCACCACAACGUGUUUGAUAUUUGUGGUUUUGAGUUUUGUCUCGAAAACUGAGACAUUUGGCGGAGACGUCCUUCUCGGUAUGUUUACGACCAAAUAUCUUUUUAAGACGAAGCUCAUUCUCAUCAGCCUCGGCUAGUGCUAAUUAGCAACUGACCGCAUUCAUUCAUGCUUAGAUGGUGAACAUGGAAACAUUUGACAGGGUUUGCAAAUCCUGCUGAUCAUUUAUCGCAGCCUCACAGACGAGUGUCUGCAGCCUUCUUGAAUAGUGAACACACCACCUACUUGGCACCUUACGAUGACCCAACCAAACCGUAAUGUUACCUGCAAAUCCUGUUUUACCGAGUCUCUCCCUCUGAUCCCACUGCAGCAAGGAUGUUAGCGUACUAACAAAAAUAACGCUGAAAUCAUCAAUGGAAACUAUUACAUGUACAUGACUUGCACUUGCAGUCAGUAGUUGAUGAAGCACCACUGCCUGAGAUUUGCGAAAGCUCAAGAGCUGCUACUUGAGGUGAUUUACUCUUUUCAUGAGUGACAUUUAGUUUCCAAAGGUCGAGAGAAAAUAGUUGACUCUUAGGAACAAGAUUGUCCACUUAAUUAGACGGAAAAGGACUUGCAUCAGUUCAAGUGCACCCUCUGCCAAAAAAAACAAGCUAAAACCCUUUCUCUGAUAGAAACCUGUAGCUAUUUGAAUUGUCCUGUAAAUAUCACCCAUCUGAAAUGUUUAAUGGAAAAUGGUGAAAUGUUGUAGCCCAAAGGCGAAACAAGCAAAACACAUUUAAACAUUAACACACGUUCUGUAGGUUAUAAACAGCAUAUUCUUUGCAUCUAGAUGUCAAUGAGUAAGUGAUGUUAAUAUAUUCAGCGUACCGUAUACAUGGUUUCCUCUGUUCCUCCCAUAAAGCCUUUGAAUCCUGUUAAAGUUUCACUUCCCUCUAAUUUACUCAAGUCGACAUGCUUGAAAUGCAGGCCUGUUCAUAACCUUUCACUCUUUACAACCAAAAACCCACAGCAGCUUUACCUCCCCCCAGCCCCCUCCAUGCUUUAGGAGACUUGCUCCUCAGCUUUCCUUAUCUCAUGUAUGUUAAAUGCUUUUUUUUAAUGCAGUUCAACACAUGACACAUGACUCUGCAUACACAACGAUUUAGGAGAAGGUUCAACACUGUACAAUUUACCAAUAGAAAACUACUCAGGAUGUAAAGACAUUUGCUUUACGUUUCAGGUCGAGGUUAGACUUGAUCUAUUAAGAACAUGCUGUAUUGUAGCAAGUGCUGUAUGUCCUCUGAGCCCUCUGUGGACCUGUCCUGACUGUUCCCGGCCGCUCUGGGUUUUGAAUAGCCCAAAACAUCAACUGUAAACUGUUUGCUGUGGCAGCGCUUUUUCUACAUCUGUGCUCUAAUUAUGCGUUCCUUAAAAGCCAAUUAAAUUUCCCAGAUGUUCAGAAA